CCCCUUGUGCUCUUCCUACCCAGGCUCCCUCACAGCUACCGGCAGAGAUGUGGAAGGCCUUCGCUCCUCUACUCAUUCUGGUGGUCGCCACUGUGGCGCCACUGACUUCCGCCGGCGAAGGGAAGUACUCCACCAAGUACGACAAUGUCGACCUGGACGAGAUCCUCAACAACGACCGGCUCUUCAACAAUUACAUGGACUGCCUGCUGGACGAUGGUGACGAACGAUGCACCCCAGAUGGUAAGGAACUAAAGGGAGUCAUUCCGGAUGCCUUACAGACUGAGUGUUCGAAAUGCAGUGAUAAGCAGAAAGCGAGAGUCGAUAAGGUUGUCAAGUUCAUAAAAGAUAACAAAAAGGACGUGUUUGAGAAGCUGAAGGCCAAGUAUGACCCCGACAGCACCUAUUUCGAGCAUUACGAGCGCCAUCUGAAAGAAUUUUCAUAAGCAAGCUGCACCACAGAGAACACCAGACACGUAAUCUGACGGCUUGUAUUCAUUCUGCCAACUCUCUUCAGAAGAAGUCACACAUCCUUGACAACUAAGCAAUAUCUACCAUUGAUCAU